AUAUAUAUAUAUAUAUAGUAAAACCUAUACUCCAAUGAUGCAGAGCUUUUUAAAGGGAUAGUUCACACAAAAAUGAAAAUGUACUCACUAUUUACUCAUCUUCAGGUGUUUCCAACCCUUUAUGUGUUUCCUUUUUUCUUUGCAAGACAAAAGAAGAUGCUUUGAAGAAAGCUGAAAACUGGUAACCAUUAACAUCCAUAGUUGAAAAAGCAAAUACUAUGGAAGUCAAUGGUUACAGAUUUUCAGCUUUCAUCAUAAUAUCUUCUAACAGAAAAAAUAGAAACCAAUAAAGGUUUAAAACAAGUCAGUAAACUAUGACAGAACUUACUUUUUAAAUAAUUAAUUUAUUUAGUUGUAAGGUUAUCUUGGCAUAUCAAACACAUCUUGUAUUCGUUUUUGCAUGUUAAUCUUAAACCAGACUUUGUUUUUCUAUUUCAAAACAUAAUUUCGUGUCAUUGAAUUAAUUUUUUUUUUUUUGAGUGAAUUAUGACGUGCUCAUUUCUUCUGCUUCAGUUUCGGGUCUCUAAAAGGCUGUAAAUGGCUGUAGUUAUUUCAUAAUAUUUAUUGUAUGCAAACAUUUAUCCCAUCGUAUGCAGUAUAUGCAAACUUAUAGUUGAACAUUAUCCGUCUGCCCCUCUCUCGCUCUACGUUCUCAAGGCAUGAAAGUAUUUUAAGAUGCUUAGAAACCUUUGUAGAGAAAUGGCUUUUUUUUUCCUGUAUGCAUUGCUGUUAAUGUUAAGUUAUAAACGUAAUGUCCUAAUGCACAAGGGCUUAGGCUCUGUCCCAUAGCAGAGUUUGGUAUUUAAAUGAACUGACAUUAACAUGAUGUUCCCUUUGAAAGAUGUUCAAGUGCUCGUGGAUGAGAAACGUGUUUGACAUGAUGAUGUAAAUGCAAAAAUAUUAACGAAAAGAGACUUUAUGAACCGUACGGUGAAGCGACUCACCGGGAUUUCUUGAUGUCACAGAAUCUUGCUCUCUUUCUCUCCGAUAGGGAUGCAGCAACCUUUAAAACUGUCUGGUCUCUAUUCAUUUUGCCUGAUAAAGAAGUGUCUUGAAUUUGGUUGCACUACAUGAACUGCAGGUUGUUCUAUACACAGUAUGUUACAAAAGCAAUGGCAUUGUAAAGUUAUCCAAGUGUACAGUAAUAUUUCCUCUGUAAAAUGUCAACUUAAUUGUCGGUCAAUCAUGUUAAACAUUUGAAUAUCCAAAUCUUAAAACAUUACUAAACAACAGAAUGUUUACUGUCAUUUAUUUUUAGAUAUUAUUUGAUUUCUGGUGUUUAUUAAAAGAGACUUAACCCAAAAAUGAAAAUUCUUGCUAUGUAAUGUAGAUAAUUUAAAUGUUUUGGUCCCCUUUAAUUUAUAUAUGUAUUUUUUCUCAUACUAUGGAAGUUAAUGUGGACCAGCAACUAAAGUGCAUUUAUAUUUCAUGAUGGUGAUUUUAUUUAUUUAUAGGAUAUGUGAUGUGUGUUGUAAGGACAACAUGCUAUGAAGCUGUAUAACUCAAAGCAAAUGUGACAAUCACAUGUUCACAGUGUCUGCUCCAGGUAAAUCUGUUUAUAUAACUCUCACAGUUCUCUUAAGCUCUUUUGUAACCUAUGGUGCCUUUCAUUGAGUUUUCCUCCCAGUCUGUGUGUCGAUCAGUCCCAGAGGCUGAAGUUACACUCUCCCGUGGUGCACUGCUGGAUGCGCUGUGCUGGUAUUUGGGGUGUUUUUAAAACCGAAGAACCAUGAGCUCCCCGCCAAGCCCUUCUCCAACCAGGUGGUUCAAAGCCCUGCGGAGGUCGAGGGUGGAGGAUGUGUGUGUGAAGACUGGAGUAUCUGUAUGUUCAGAGGUCUUGAGGAGAGCCAGAGCAGCUUUCAGCGCGGGCCGAACAGCCCAGGAUACUUUCAGACUGGCUCAGCUCGAGGCUUUGCUGCGCAUGCUGAUGGACCACGAGUGUGACUUUGUGGAUGCUCUUGGAAGGGAUGUGCACAAGCCUCGCUUUGAAACUGUGAUGUCAGAGCUGCUGGUAGUCAAAAACGAGGCUCUGCAUGCCAUUAGCAACUUGAAGAAAUGGAUGGAGCCUCAACGCAUUGAACGUGACUGGGCUACAGCAUUUGAUGAAUGUGUCUUGGUAAAUGAGCCCCUGGGUUUAGUAUUGAUCAUUGGGAACUGGACCAGUCCUCUCCAGCUCUGUCUCGUGCCUUUAGUAGGUGCCAUUGCAGCUGGUAACUGUGCAAUUAUCAGCCCAUCUGAAACCUGCACACAUACAGCUGGGCUCCUGCACAGACUCAUACCUGCGUAUCUGGACAAUGAGUGCUUCCACUCUGUUAUAGCAGCAGCACAUGAAAUUCCAGAAAUAGUGGAUCUUACAUUUGAUUAUGUGUUCUUCUCUGGCGAUAAAGAGGACGGGAUUAAAGUGGCUCAAGCUGCUGCUCGCACCCUGGCUCGGGUUACGUUGGUGCUGCGCGUUAAAAAUCCUUGCUACGUUGACAGUCAGUGUGACAUCAACACCACAGCUCGGCGCAUUACCUGGGCGCGAUUCCACAAUGCUGGCCAAAGUGCUGUGGCUCCUGACUACAUCCUGUGCCAUGCAGAGGUCAAAGAAAACCUCCUGCAGGCUCUGCGCUGCUCACUCCAGCAGUUUUACGGCACUGAUCCCCGGGAGUCCCGGAGCUUUGGCAGGAUAGUGAAUGAGGAGAACUUCAGCAAGGCCAAAGAGCAGCUCUGGGGAUCUGGAAAGGUCAUCAUAGGGGGUCAGGUCAAUGAGAUAGAGAGAUACAUUGCACCAACUGUCCUGAUGGAUGUCAUGGAGUCCGAUCCGAUCAUGCACCAGGACGUUUUUGGUCCCAUCCUUCCCAUACUGACAGUCCAGGAUGCAGACGAGGCUGUAGCUUUCAUCAACUCCAGAGAGAAACCACUAUGUGUUUAUGCUUACUCUAGCAACAACAAGGUGAUCUCCAAGAUAAUGAAUGAGACAUCCAGCGGAAGUUUUUGUUCAAAUGACAGCGUCUUACAGAGUGUGAUGGUGGGUCUGCCAUUCGGAGGAGUUGGUGCCAGUGGGAUGGGCUCAUAUCAUGGUCGCUACAGUUUUGAUGCAUUCUCCCAUAAGAAGUCGUGUCUUCUGCGCAGCACUCGGAUUGAGUGCAUGACAGUCUUGCGUUAUCCACCUUAUGAGGACCGUAACCUGUCUCUGGUCAGUCUGGCCAGCUUUCUAAAUCUGAAGGGUCAAGGUUGGUGCACUAUCUUGUAAAAGUGGUUGAGAGCAAUUAAUGGACUAAAUAUUAAUCUGAAAACAUCUCCUAUCUCUAAAAACAAGUUGUAAACAUUUGUACAAGUUUGUUUUAAAAGAUGGGGGAUGUUUACUGAUUCUGUGCUGUGAUGUUGUAUUCAGCUUUCUGUAAGCUUCGGUACAUCCAUAGAGAUUGUACUGUAUCUUCAGGGACAGUCCUUUUAACAGUGACAUGCACAUCCAUUUAUUCAUUUAGCAUGAGUUAUUCCUUCCGAGGAGAAAACUUAAUGGGUGCUGCUGGUUAUAAAAAAUCAUGUAAAAUUGCAAACAUACACCAGCAUCAUUUUUUUUUAAAUCAAAUUAUAUAUUUAUUAAUUGAGGUUAAAUUAAGGGACUGUUCACUUAAAAAUGACUCUCCCUUCCUUUUUCAAAACCUUUUAUAAUUUUUUUUUUCUUCUUUUGGACACAUCAGAAGAUAUUUUGAAAAAUGCUUGUUGAUGGCACCUGU